CACACGUGUUUAUUUGACGUCGGUUCGGUGCUGUCAAACUUCACUGGCGUUGUCUUUUCACAUCGCUGUUUUGGCUGUUUUUAUUAAACCAUGGAGCGAAAAGUCGCCCGGGAAUUUAGGCACAAGGUGGAGCUUCUAAUAGAGAAUGAAGCAGAGAAGGAUUAUCUCUAUGAUGUUCUCCGCAUGUACCACCAGUCCAUGGAUUUGGCUGUGCUGGUGGGUGAUCUGAAGCUGGUCAUAAAUGAACCAAAGCGCCUGCCUUUGUUUGAUGCAAUCCGACCUCUCAUCCCUCUGAAACACCAAGUGGAGUACGACCUGCUCACCCCCAAGAGGUCCAGGAAGCUGAAAGAGGUGCGUUUGGACCGGACUCACCGCGAUGGUCUCGGUCUGAGUGUGAGAGGAGGACUGGAGUUUGGCUGCGGUCUUUAUAUUUCACAGAUUGUAAAAGACGGACAGGCUGCUAAUGUUGGCCUUCAGGUCGGUGAUGAGAUUGUUCGCAUCAACGGUUACUCCAUUUCCUCCUGUAUCCACGAAGAAGUCAUCAGCCUCAUCAAGACCAAGAAGAUCGUGUCUCUUAAAGUCAGGCAUGUUGGCAUGAUUCCUGUGAAAAGCUCCUCAGAUGAUCCUCUCAAGUGGCAGUUUGUGGAUCAGUUUGUCUCUGAAUCUGGGGAGAGGAAAAACAGUUUGGCAGGUUUGGCUUCUAUCGGAGGAAAGGAGAUCAAGGAGAAGAAGGUGUUCCUGAGUCUGGUGGGCACGAAGGGCAUGGGCAUCAGCAUCUCCAGCGGACCCACCCAAAAGCCCGGCAUCUACAUCAGCAACGUCAAACCUGGGUCACUGUCUGCAGAAGUUGGUCUUGAGAUUGGAGAUCAGAUUGUGGAGGUGAACGGGGUGGACUUCACCAGUGUGGAUCACAGAGAGGCUGUUAAAGUGUUGAAGAGUAGCAGAAGCCUGACUAUUACUGUUCUGACGGGGGCUGGCAGUGAGCUGUUUAUGACAGACGAGGAGCGCUUGGCAGUGGAAGCCCGACGGGAGCUGGAUCGACAGGAGCUGAUGCAUCAGAAAAAAGUGGCGCUGGAGACCAACAAAAUCAUCAAAGAGCAGCAAGAGAAGGAGAGACAGAGAAAGAUGGAGAUCUCCCAGAAGAUGACAGAGGAAGAGGAGCGUUAUAAGAGCGAAAUGAAUAAGAUCGAAGCUGUGGAGCGUAAACAUAACAGAGACUGGGAGGAAGACUGGGGGACCCAAAACAGACCCAAAAGCCCCAGAAGCCCCUCCCCGGGUCCACCUGAGAUUAAGACACCCUCUCCAAAAGCUAAGAGUUCCCUGGAAGACGAGGAUGAGCACGUCUUUGAGAAGCACGGCGAGGACUUUGAUCCCUACGCAAUGUUCUCAGCCGACCAGAUCGCCGGACGAGACGUGAGGCUACUGAGAAUUAAAAAGGCUGGACAGCUUGAUAUUGCUUUAGAAGGAGGUGCAGACUCUCCUCUUGGAAAGCUGGUGGUAUCAGCCGUGUAUGAAGGAGGAGCAGCCGAUAAAAAUGGUGGUAUUGUCCCCGGUGAUGAACUCAUGGCUGUGAAUGGGAAGAUACUGAUCGAUGCUUCAUUGACUGAGGGUCAGAACUCGCUGGCUCGUGCCUGGAACAGUGGAGGGGAUUGGAUUGAUGUUGUGAUCGCUGUAUCUCCACCAAAAGACUAUGAAGAUGAAAUAACUUUCUUCUAGAGUUUUCAACAACCAAGGAUGCCAAGAAUGCACAUAAACCUGUAUCAAGGAUAUUACAUAAAUAAUAAUGAAGCUCUGUAUUUGUUUUAUGAAUGAAACCACAUCAGUCCAGUGGGAACAACAAUGAUUUUGUCUUGGAUGUAUUUUCUAUUUUAUUCAUUCUCAAUAAAUUACUACAUUUAAAGUAAA